GCCCCGGGAUUUGCUGCUCGCCGGUGGCUUCUGCGGAGCCCUCGCGUCCCGCCUGGGCUCGGCGCCGGGCUCUGGGGCGCACAGCGGAGGCUGCGCUCUGCCACUGACCCAAAGUGGACGCGGCCAUGGCCACCGCGCUCGUGUACCACGAGGACAUGACCGCGGCCCGGCUGCUCUGGGACGACCCGGAGUGUGAGCUCGAGCGCCCGGAGCGCCUGGCCGCCGUCCUGAGCCUCCUGCGGCUGCGGGGCCUGGAGCAGCGCUGCCUGCGCCUGUCAGCGUGCGAGGCGUCCGAGGCCGAGCUGGGCCUGGUGCACAGCCCCGAAUAUGUGGCCCUGGUGCGGGAGACCCAGACCCUGGACGAGGAUGAACUCCGGGCACUGUCUGAACAGUAUGAUGCCGUCUAUUUUCACCCGAGCACCUUCCACUGUGCCCGCCUGGCGGUGGGGGCCGCACUGCAGCUGGUGGAUGCUGUGCUGACCGGAGCUGCGCCCAAUGGGCUUGCCCUGGUGAGGCCUCCGGGACACCACAGCCACAGGGCAGCUGCCAAUGGGUUCUGCGUGUUUAACAAUGUGGCAAUAGCGGCCAAACAUGCCAAGCAGAAACAUGGGCUGCACAGGAUCCUCAUUGUCGACUGGGAUGUCCACCAUGGCCAGGGCAUCCAGUAUAUCUUUGAAGAUGACCCCAGCGUCCUUUAUUUCUCUUGGCACCGCUAUGAAUACGGGCGCUUUUGGCCCUUCCUGCGAGAGUCAGAUGCAGAUGCAGUUGGGCAGGGACAGGGCCGAGGCUUCACAGUCAACCUGCCCUGGAACCAGGUGGGGAUGGGAAAUGCUGACUACCUGGCUGCCUUCCUGCACGUACUGCUCCCGCUGGCCUUUGAGUUUAACCCAGAGUUGGUGCUGGUCUCAGCAGGAUUCGACUCAGCCAUUGGGGACCCUGAGGUAAGAGCCGCUGGCUGGGAGGCUCUAGGGUCUAGAUCCCAGGCCCCUACCACAUGUGGCUCUUUGCUUCAGGGGCAGAUGCAGGCAACCCCCGAGUGCUUUGCUCACCUCACACAGUUGCUGCAAGUGCUGGCUGGAGGCCGGGUUUGUGCUGUGUUGGAGGGUGGAUACCAUCUGGACUCCUUGUCCGAGUCUGUGUGCAUGACAGUACAGGCGCUGCUGGGGGACCCUGGCCCUGUGCUGCAGGGGUCCAUGGAACCCUGUCAGAGUGCCCUGGAGUCCAUACAGAGCGUCCGGGCUGCCCAGGCCCCUCACUGGACAAGCCUCCAACAAGGCAGGGCCCCUGGGCCGAGUCCUAGCAUCUGCCCCACUGAGGGGAGGCCGCUCCCUCUGCUUCCUGGGGGCCCCACCGGUGAGGCAGCAGCCCUGGGCCUGCUGGGUUUCCACCCCACACCUGCAUCUCCCGUCCACAUGGCUGUUGCUCUGACUGGGCCAAGUGCCACCCUGGCCCUGUCCCCUGAAGUGCUACUUCAGGAGGAGGUGUCAGUGGGCAGGCAGGAGACAGAAGCCUGGGCCAGGUGGGCAGGGCAGGCCUGGGGAGGUGCCUCUGUUUUGUGCCUGCAACUGAUGUACUGUCAGUUGGUGCACUUAUUCCUCUGGCUGGCACAUCACAGGCAACACGAGUCCCUGACCCAAGACAAGGCCCUUUCUGCGCUUGGGAAGUUCCUGUUCCUCGCAGAUGGGAUCCUGAAUGGGAAGGUGACCUGUGGCAUUGCAGCCAUCCCAGCCUGUGCUAAAGCAGCUACCUUGGAUGUGGCCAUUCGGCAAAGUCUGUCCCGUGGAGCUCAGAGGCUGCUCUGUUUGGUCCUGGGAGAGCUGGAUUGGCCCCUGGACAUUGCUGAUGAUGGGAGAAUUCUGUGGCUGAACAUUGGAGGCAAGGAGACAGCUGUCCGGUCUGCGUUCCACAUCUCCACACCAUUGCCAGGGACAACAGGAGGAUUCCUGAACUACACCUUGGGUCUGGUACUGCCUUUAGCCUAUAGCUUCCAGCCUGAGCUGGUGCUGGUGACAGUGGGGCCUGCCCAAGGGCUACAGGACCCCCAUGUUGCUCUUCUGGCUGCAAUGCUUCGAAUUCCAGCAGCAGGCCGAGUCCUGGCUCUCCUGGAGGAGGAAUCUGCAUCCCAGCUUGUAACAACCCUGGCUCCGGUGUUGCAUGGAGAGGCACCUCCCAGCUUGGGCCCUUUCUUAAUGGCUUCUCCAGAGGACAUCCAGACCCUGAAAUGUCUAAGAGCACAGCUGGAACCUCGGUGGAAGUUGCUGCAGGUGGCUAGCGAGGCUCAGGGGGAGGCAGGGUCCUGCCAUAGAGUCCCAUUGGGAAAACCACCUAGUGGAACCAACUACACAGAUCAAGCCUGUUCCUAGCCCCUCCUCCAGGACCAUGCUGUCCUGUAACCUAAGACUGGCCAAGUGGAAAUGGUUGCUCGUGGGUCCUGCACAGUGGCUCCACCUGCGCUCCCUCACGCCACAGCAGUAAAAUCAGUUGAAGCUGG